AUGACUCCCAUUCAAGCACUGCAGGAUAAGCUACAGUCAUGGAAAAGGUUUUGUUCCUGUACCACUGCUGAACAGGAAGAAAGCACCAGAAAGGAAGAGUCUCAUGGUCGAGGAGGAAUUCCACUUUGCACUAAGUUAUGCUAUGCAGUUGGUGGUAUUCCAUAUCAGAUGACCAACAUUGCCAUGGCGUUCUCCUUCCAGAUCUUUCUGCUGGACAUUGUGCAGAUGGAGCCGCUUUUCGUUUCUCUGAUCCUGUUCAUAAAUCGAGCGUGGGACGCCCUCACUGACCCUUUGGUGGGCUACCUGGUGAGCAGGAGUAGGCGGAGCCCAAUAGGAAAGCUGCUUCAUUGGUCAGUUUUGUCCAUGCCGUUGGGCGUUCUCUCUUACGCCCUCCUUUGGUUCAUCCCUCACACUGCAGCCAGCUCCUCAGCCACUGUGGCCUGGUACCUCACUGUCAGCUGUCUGUUCGAGACCUUCAUGAGUUGUUAUCAUGUCCCAUAUACUUCCCUGAACAUGUUCCUGGGAGGAAGUGAGAGAGACCGAGAUUCAGCCACAGCCUACAGGAUGAGUGUGGAGGUGUUGGCGAUGCUGUUGGCUGCUGUGAUUCAGGGCCAGGUGUUGCGAGUGUAUAAUUCAGAGAGAGAGAGCUCCUGUGUGAAUCUGGAUAUAAAUCACUCCGAGCUCACAAACCCCACGUCCUCUGAGCCCACCGCUCCUCUGCAUCUCACGAGAGUUGCCUUCAUGACCUCAGCUCUGGUGCUGGGGGCUCUUUUCUUCCUCUGCUGCAUGUUGCUGUUUCUGGGUGUGAAAGAGCAAAGUGGCAAGUCUGACGGGCAGAUUGGCCGGCGCAGGUCGUACCUGAAAGAUCUGAAGAUGCUGAUUGGCCACAUCUCGUAUCAGCGCCUGGUCCUGGGCUUCCUCUUCUCAUCACUUGCCUUCCAGAUGUCUUUAGGAAACUUUGCUUUGUUCUGCAUUCACGUGGCAGGAUUGGGGGCUCAGUUCCAGAAUCUCAUGCUGGCUAUAUUGGUUGCAGCUGCUGUAUCUGUGCCUUUGUGGCAAAUGAUUCUGGUGAGGCUGGGAAAGAAGAGCACACUGUUUAUCGGCCUACCUCUCCUCAUCCCUGCUCUGAUCGUCUUUGUGUCCGUGACGGAGAACUUUCCAGUGUAUGUGGUCGUGUGUGUUCUGGUUGGGGCCAGUGUAGCUACACUGUUCUUGUUACCAUGGUCCAUGCUGCCGGAUGUGGUAGAUGAUUUUACACUGCAGAACCCCUGCUGUACAGACCUGGAGCCCCUGUUCUUCUCAUGCUCUUGCUUCUGUAACAAGCUCGGUGGAGGGCUAUCUGCUGGCAUCUCCACCAUGACACUACACCUGACUGGUUAUAAAACAGGAGCGUGUAUCCCUGGUGAAGGAGUCGUCACAGCACUGCGCUUGCUUUUGGCUCCUGUACCGAUUGUCCUACUGCUGGUGGGCUUGAUCUUCUUCUAUCUGUACCCCAUCAACGAAACGCGCCGCCAGCAGAUCCAACAUGACCUGGAACGAAUAAGAUCCAGGGCCAAAAGGGAAGAAGUGGACACCGGAAGGCAGCAGAGCAGCCCACAGCACAGGCCCAAGAGGAGCAUCUUCCACUCAAACACUAACAUAACAUCUCUUGGCACAAAAAAAUCUGAUCCUUCAUCUUCUGCUCGAGAGCACUGUAACAGAAUCACUCCAUACAGUCAUAGUUCCACUAGGUCAGCCUGCAGUUUAGAGCAACGGUUUGAUAAACCCAGCUCAAAGAGCGAUAUUCCUGCAUCUCAGCACAGCACUCGCCAGUCUGCACUGAAAUGUUACGAGACACGCUGUAAGAAGGCCAAAGUUACAUGGGUGUGAAUUCAUCCGAUUUGUCUUCAGCAUGCUGCGCUCAUUUUU